CAGAUUACGGAAUCGUUGGUCUCGACAAAUAUUGUGCAACUACGGCCUUUGUCAUCAGUGUGUCCCUGCCACAGAUUCCAGGCCAAGAUCAGGUGAGGAGUGGAGACGCGGCUCAGUAGUGACCAGACGUCUGAGCGGGGAGGACGUGUGUUGCGGCUCUCUCGCCACUCUCAGCGGUACUCAUGUGUGUGACGUUCUCUUCCGCGCCUUCUGCUGCUGACACCCACAGGAUACCUUAGUGUCUUACUUCUGCAUUGAACUACAGUGAAGGAGACGUAACUUGUAGAGGAAAUAACUGAAAAAUAACUAAUAAGGAUCAUAGAUAAAAGAUAAAAAGUGAGUUAAGUGGAGACUGGGAGGAAUCAGUAAGUAAGCGUUGCGUGCCUAGGCCAGGUGGACAGACGGGGCCCUCCAGUCACCGCUAACCAAGAGCUUGGCAGCACGCCCGUCCACGCCCACACCACCCGUGACCUACCAGCGAGGUCGAGCAGGUAGGGACAGGUCGACCACUACUACAUAGAGAAGGAACAGUUGGUGUGAAUAAUUAGCAGCAUAUGCUACAACACUUGACCAAGAAUGUCCUGUUGUCUGCCGCCACCAGGAAUGUUUCCCCACAACUGGUGAGUUUGACGCCCGCGUGUCCAACAUAUCUGAGUGACGCCCUGUGACACCUGCCACUCGGAGAUGUCCAUCCACUGGGACAACACCCACCAGUCUGUCAUGUCCACCCACUCGUCCGGGUCGUCGGUAGGGCGCGGGUCAGGCCUCACCCCGCAUCUGGUUCCUGUCGGGAUGGCCCUCACGCCUAAGAACCUCCUCAAGCGAUACAAGCUGCCCACCGCCGCCCACCUCCACACGCCCACAGCGCCGCCCGGGCUCGACCUCUCGCGCCCUCUACUGCUCUACAACACAUACAACUCCACAAAGGUGAGGGGCGUGUCGCUGAGGCCAGGUAGGGAUGGUGCCGUCACACCUGUGGGUCCUGCCAUUGUCAUCCCAGAGUCCUACACAGGAUGGUUUGCCAUAGUCACUAGCGAGGGCCACACCGCCACCUAUUACACCACAGUGGAACAGGUCGCUACUAGCAAACUCUCUUUCUUCCUCACGCGCUACGACGUUCCUGCUUACACCAACACGGAGGACGACGAAGGCCGCGUCAGCUAUCAGAAGACGGUGGUUCAGAGCGGCCACGUCCUCAAGCUGUUGGGGAUCUUCGAGGACCUCAACGCCAAGAAGACCAACAGCGGAGGCAGAGGUCGAGACGCCAUGUCCGUCUUCAACUGUGACAAAUUUGCUCAAUGUCUCAACUACAGGAACGAGGUUGUGUUCUUGCCGUUCUCAGCGUCUGGUCGGUUCUACACGACGGCCCACAAGACGAGUAAGAACCCCAACCACGUGUACCUCAUGGCCCACAUCCUGAAGAACCACAAACUACCCCUCACUGUCCGCCUCGUGUGUGGCUACAUGCCUCGUGUUCCCUGUAGCUUUACUGGUGUGCUACGUCUGGAACAGUCUCAGAAGGAGGCGGUCAUCCUGGCCUGCACCAUGACCAACGAGGCUCAGGCCACGCUGUUUGAGAUCGACGUGUCGUCCAACUUCGUGUUGACGCCGGUGAAGGACCCGGUGUUCCCCAAGACGCCCAUCUUCCUCAAGACCGUCUCCUACUGCGAGGACGAGGCCGACGCCUGGAGGAGGCAGAUCAAGGUCACUCACCACGUGACUGAGAAGAGGUCAAGGUCAUUGACCCGGUCACUGAGUGACAAAUUUGUGGAACCACUGUCCAGCGUCCGACCUCUUAGUCUGUCAUUCCUGUCUGACCACGACAAGAGGAAAGGGCGAGAUCGAGACCAUUCCAGGGAGAGCAGACCGUCCCAGACCAACAAAGAUAAAAGCAAGGACAAGAACAAAGAACACAGGUUCAGAGACUUCAGGAUCAGAGAGAACAGCGUGGAGAAGACCAAGUUCACUUACCACGACAAAAGUAACAGCUACAAUGGCUACCCCCUGAAGGACCCCAGCCUUGAGAACAAGAAAAACGCAGACCACAGGAAGAUAUCCAAGCAAAACACGUACGUACUGCAGAACGGCAAAAGCUCCAAGCACGUUGAGAAAAAGGCAGAGAGUGAGAGUAGCUUCGUGACGACCAGAUCCAUAGAGAACAUGGACUACUCCCGCGUGAUUGACGACAUCAGCCCCAUCCCAGAGAACGAGGAAGAAGGAGAGAGUCACUACGCCGAAAUCUGUGACUACGCUUACAGAAAUCAGAAAAUCCCGACUAACAACGAUGCCCCGCUCAGUCUACCAAACAUUAGUCUUACACAAACCGAAGAAAAGAAGAAAGGGAAACUAUUUAGGAAAGUUUCUAGAGACAUUAGUAGUUUUACCGACAUUAGUAUAAGGAAAAGCGAUCCCUUCAAAAGAGCUCUUCGCCGUAAGAGCAGUAGUAGUCCCAGCGAAACCAGUAGUUGUAAGUCAAGUGGUAAGGCCUCAGACAACAGUAGGCUGCGGGAUACUUCUCUGACGAAUGGCAUUGACGACGUGUUGCAGAGAGACAAAGUGAACAACGUGUACAGGGAUGAGGUGCUAAAAAUGGACAAACUUAAGGAAGGAUUUAGAGAAGAGUCAUUAAAGAAAGGCAAAGUGUACGAACUGUAUAGAGAAGAGUCCUUAAAGAAAGGCAAAGUGAAUGAACUGUAUAGAGAAGAGUCGUUAAAGAAAGGCAAAGUGAAUGAAAUGUAUAGAGAAGAAUCGUUGAAGAAGGGCAAAGUGAACAAACUGUAUAGAGAAGAGUUGCUACAUAAAGGCAAAGUGAACGAAAUGUAUAGAGAAGAGUCGCUACAGAAAGGCAAAGUGAACGAACUAUAUAGAGAAGAGUCGUUAAAGAAAGGCAAAGUGAAUGAAAUGUAUAGAGAAGAAUCGUUGAAGAAGGGCAAAGUGAACGAACUGUAUAGAGAAGAGUUGCUACAUAAAGGCAAAGUGAACGAAAUGUAUAGAGAAGAGUCGCUACAGAAAGGCAAAGUGAACGAACUAUAUAGAGAAGAGUCGUUAAAGAAAGGCAAAGUGAAUGAAAUGUAUAGAGAAGAAUCGUUGAAGAAGGGCAAAGUGAACGAACUGUAUAGAGAAGAGUCGCUAAAGAAAGGCAAAGUGAAUGAACUGUACAGGGAAGAAGUGGCAGACAAGGACCAGACGAACCAAGCGUACGGUGACGAGAUGCUGGAGAAGGACAAGGUGAACGAGGUGUACAUCAUACGUGUUGUGGUGAAGGACAGGGAGGACGACAAGAUGUCCACCCUGGCCAAGGACACCACCGGGGGCUACUACAUGAAGAUCAGGGGCUUCGAGGUGCCUAAAGAGGAGCUGGGCAGUACGGUGUCUGGGGACGAAGUCAAUGGCUAUGACUCGCUCUGCUAACUGGACUCUUUGAGCUGCUUGCUGCUACAGGGACGAAAAUUUGAUCUAUAAAAACGAAAAAAAAAGCAGUUCCAGUACGAACAAUGAACAGUACCUGACGUUCCUCUGCCUUGUCAAGCGAACGUCUGCCUCCUGCUUUCUGCCAACAAUGGUGCUCUUUUCUGGAAUGAACUUAAUAUUUACUUUUGCUGGAUGAGCCUUUGACCUGAAAACAGUUGCAAGUUGUAAAAAUGUCAGAAUUAGAUUUAACUGUGACAGGUUUAUUUACAGCUGUUUCCGGAGAGGUCAGUGGGAGAUCAAAGGCUUGUAACCUUUGGUGUGGGAGUGACUCUUACUCCCCAAGCUAAAUCUGGUGCGAUUGUCUGUGUGAGAAGCUGUUAAGGCGCCCGGUGAGAGACAAGGGCCCGGGUUCUCAAAAGAUUCGUAGGUUUAAUCUGGCCCUGUAACUGGAGAAGUGAGAAUGCGUCAAAUUAGCUCACUUAAGUUACACAAUUGCACUGAGACUCUACCAUAACAUGAUGCUCUCUCAUCCCCAGUUACGAUAAGAGCAAAGGGAAAAAAAGGACUUACGAUCCAUUUGUAGAAUCCUGGCCCAGCUACAGUUCCUACAUCUCCACGACUAUGUGUAAUAAUGGCGAUACGAAUGAUGGAUGACUCGAGCUCUGGAACAUUGAAAGACGAAUGUAGAGAGUCAACAAUGAACCGAGUGUUUUAGAAGAGUAUUAUUUACAUGAAGAAAAGAACGACGAGUAUUGGAACUAAUGAUGGAUGUGUUUCGCUGAUGUUUGUGAUGAAUUUAUUAUCUUUUAUAAAAACUACAGUGUUACAGUGAUGAGUUUAAGGACCCAAGUGUUGGAAGUACUCUCGUCACUGCCUGACUCAGAAAAUAAAAAAAAUAAAAUAAUGAAAGUUGUUCUAAAUAGCUGGAAUUUUCUCGUUAAAUCAAACUGUGAGAAAUCCUGAGACUAAAGGAGAAUUAUCUCUCUGGAAACAUCUCAAACUGGAGAACAAUUGACUGUUGCAAAAGAAAAAAAAAUAUGACUCACUGUUUCCAGAUUGUGACUGUGUACUUGAAGGACCUCUGCUGUGUUACAAUAGGUUUUUUUUCCUCACAAAUGUCUUGAACUAGGAAUAAAAUGUCUUCAAAUGUA